AUGAGUAAGAAAACAGUCUGCGUUAUUGGCGCCGGAGUCUGUGGAUUGCCUGCGGCAAAGUAAGUAGGGGAAAAAAUUCAUAGAAAUUCUUGAUUGAGGGGACCACUGCAGCUUUUAGGAUGUGAGAGCAAAAUAUCGAUAAAGUCCUUUAUGUCUUGCCGUAAAAACAAAGGCGGCAAGAUUGUAAACAGUAAAAUAAUGACAAGAAACCACGUAGAAUGUCACUAUAACUGUUUCCUGUCGUUAUUGCCAGUCAAUUAUCGGAUUUAUCGACCAACGACGCUCAGAUCCCGUCAAAGACUUUGUCGAAUUUAGACAAAAAAAAAUUCGGUCACAACGCACGAUUCUUAAGUCGGGUUUCAGUUCCUCUAAAUGUUGUAUUUAAUUUGCAGAUGGGCAGUCCAAUAUGGAUUUGAACCCACAGUCCUGGAAGCCCAAUCCCAGCUCGGUGGACUAUGGAAUUACAAGGAAGAGGAGACCGAGUUCAGCACGGUCAUGAAGCAGACUGUCAUCAACACGUCCAAAGAGAUGUCCGCUUAUUCGGACUUUGUUCCAAACCCCGAGGACGCCAACUACAUGCAUCAUUCCAGUAAGUUUCCGAGGGAAGGAGCGAAUCCUGUCUUUUAGAACUGUGGAAGUAUCUGGAUCGAUACGCUGAGGUCAACGGGCUGCGGAAGUUCAUUAAAUUCCGGCACUACGUGAAGAAUGUUGAAAGGGCAACGGAUUACGACCGUACUGGAAAUUGGGUCGUGCAUUUUACGGACGAGUAAGAAUUGCUUUGUCAUAGAAUGACUUCACGUUUUAUCAACGAUCUCGUAGUUUCGAAGCCAACUGAAAAUUUUUUACGAAUCCUUUUUCCAGCAACGGCUCAUCGCAGCAAAAGACGUAUAACUUUGUUCUUGUCUGCACUGGCCAUCACGCUACUCCUCACUUCCCGAAGCCCUGGCCGGGGCAAGAGCAGUGGAAGGGCCGAAUUGUCCAUUCCCAUUCCUACAAAAAACCCGUUGGCUAUGACGACAAGACAGUCCUGGUGGUCGGGAUCGGGAACUCAGCCGUUGAUGUGGCGUGCGAGCUUUCGCGCAGUGCCCAACAAGUAUACAUUUCAACGCGCCGCGGGGCUUGGAUUAACGCAAAACACACCAAGAACGGGUAUCCCAACGACAUGGCUUUUAAUCGGCGCUACAUCGGGCUAAUUAAAUGGCUUAGUCCCGACUUGCUGAACAAAAUGUCGGAGAAGCGCUUUACCGAGUUUUUCGACCACGACGAAUAUGGUUUGAGACCGAAACAUAAAGUGCUUGCGCAGCAUCCGACAAUAUGCGACGAAAUUCACAGUAAGUCUUGCGGACAGAAAUAGAAUACAAUAAAACAACCCAACCUUUGUAGUGAAAACUAUAAUGUUUGUAAGCGCUAAAUCUAAUCACUAAGAAUAAUGAUAAGCAUUUAUGGUUGUCUGAAGGAGCCACAACUAAUGUAGUAAACGAACGAAAACGGCUUUUUAGAAGGUUUUCUUGCAUGAUUCAUUGGGAAAACGGCAAAAUUAUUCUUCGGUUAGGAUACCAAUUUUUUUCACCAUCUUUUUGCAAAUGUUCGAGGUCGGUUAUUUUCUUCGCGCAGACCUUGUCAUUCCAGCUUAGAAAAAUAUGGUUAAGGCUUUCUUCCAAUUUAAUACAAGCACCGCUUUCCUAAUAUUGUUUAUCGACUGUUUUCAGACAAGAUUAGUUCCGGCACUGUGAUUGUCAAAGGAGACAUUAAACAGUUCAAUGCGACCGGAGUGGUCUUCGAAGACGGUAGCUUCGCCGAUGUCGAUGAAGUCGUGCUUUGCACUGGAUUCUCAUUCUCUUUCCCGUACCUGGACAAUGGAAAUUUGGUUCCAGUGAUUGAUAAUCGCGUAGAACUCUACAAAAAAAUGUUCCCUCCGAACUCCGCGGAUAAGAACACACUGGCCUGCAUUGGGCUGGUCCAGCCGAUAGGUUCCAUCAUGGCUCCGGCCGAGAUGCAAGUUCGCGUCUUCUACGAACAGGCGUUGGGAAAUUUGCAACUUCCCUCCAAAGCCGAAAUGCUCCGUGACAUAAAGACGAGCAACGAAAACAUGCUCCGCCGCUACAUCAACGUCCCACGACAUACCAUUCAAAUUGAUUAUGUGGAUUACAUGGAUGAAAUGUCUUCCAUGAUUGGGGCCAAACCCCCGUUGACCAGGUUGUUCUUCACCGACUUUGAGCUGUGGAACAAGUUAAUUUUUGGCCCUAAUGUGCCCUACGUCUAUCGCCUAGCUGGACCCUUUCCAUGGCCGGAAGCGCGAGAAGCGAUAAUGGGUGUGGAAGAAAGGAGGAUCAAAGGAAUCCACAAACGGGAAACGCCCAACGACCCGCUGAAGCCCCUGCGCAAAAGUGACGGAGCCAGUUUGUACACAUGGGCCAUUGCAGUUCUCGUAGUUUUACUGAUUGUUUGGUAUUUCAGAGGACUUGUAAAUAAAUAA